AAAAAAAAAACCUCUACGAAGUAAGUAAGUGGGCUUGAAGGGUUUGUUUAAGUUACGGCCCAGCUGACCAAGCAGUAUACCACCCCCAUCGAAUUUCCCUCUCUUCUCUAUAUCACUGUCAUCUCUUUCUUCUCUCGUCUCGCACACCCACAACCUCAGCUCGGCGGCGCUACCCACAAUCUUUAGUGUGAUCGUCAAACUGUGAUUUAUGUCCUGUUUUCAUUGGUAAGAAUGGUUGAUGAAGAAUGCGAUUUUCAUAGUGCAAAAUCCAGGGGUAAAAGUAGCAUAAAAAAGAAAAAUAAAAAGAAGCAAUUAUUAAAUGAAAAGGAAGCAGUUGACAGGAGGUUCGGAAUGGAAGGGAAUCCAAAAUUCAAUGAUGCAAUCACAAACAGCAAGAAAAAGGGUUUAUUAGUGGGAACUGUGAAGGUUGAGAAUAAACAAGAGGAUCAACUAGAGUUUAAGGGAGGGAAUCAUCUAGAGGAGAAAGACGAGGUUAAUAGUCUGAAAUCCAAUGAUGAAAUGCCAACUGAACAUAAGUUAUUGUUAAACAAAAAAGAAGUGGAGGGGAAUUCAAAAUCUGAUGACGAUGCUAGUGAAAACGAACAAAAAAAUUUGUCGGUGGAAGUUGGGAAGGCUAAGAUUAAAGAAGAGGUGAAUGGAGAGAGUCAUUUGGAUGAGGAAGAACAAAUGGUUAAAAGAUAUAAGGAGUAUUCAGAAGCGAAUGCUAAGAUCGCCGCAGAUCUUCAGAAAGAAAAAAAGAAGAAGCGGGUUUUGGAGCGAGCUGCAAAGGGUGGCAUGCGUGGCAUUUGCUACUUGAGUCGGAUUCCUCCAAAAAUGGAUCCUGAUGGUCUUCGUGUUAUUCUCUCUCAAUAUGGAGAAAUAGAUCGGAUUUAUCUGGUAUCUCAAAAUCCAGCUUCUCAAGUACAUCGUAGUCGAGCUGGUAAGUACGGAAAGCAAAAAUUUUCUGAAGGAUGGGUUGAAUUUACAGAUAAAAAGGUUGCUAAGAGAGUUGCUAAUAUGUUAAAUGGUGAACAAAUAGGUGGAAGGAAGAGGUCACAAUUCUAUUAUGAUAUGUGGAAUAUCAAGUACUUGAGUAAAUUCAAGUGGGAUGAUCUUACUGCAGAGAUUGUUGAGAAGAAUGCCAUUCGAGAGCAAAAACUAGAUUUAGAAAUUUCUGCGGCCAAAAGGGAACGGGAUUUCUAUCUCAAAAAAGUUGAUAAGUCCCGUGCUUUGAGUGCUAUAGAAGAACGAUUACAGAAGAAGCGAAAGGUCCAACAAGAGUUAGGAGUGAACUCCGAUCUCCCUGUUAGCCAGCAGGCAGCAAAGGUUAUUCGCCAUUUCCCACAAAAGCAACCAGUUACAAAUAAUGCAGGACAAGCCAAAGCUCGACUUUCGAAAGAUACCCUGGCUGGGGUAUUUGCUGAUUCUUAGUGAUGAAGUAUUCAAGCAAUUGACAUAAGUUAAAUAUCAAGUUCUUAAGUUGAGUGCCAAAUGCAUAUACUUGUGAAUACUUGUGUGAAAACUCAUUUUUGUAAUUUGAGUUCCCAACAUUAUAAUGAGUUUAUAGUCAGUCUUGGUUUUGUUGUUUUCAUUUGAAUUCUUCAGUAGUUUAUUCUGUGCUCUCUGAUUACUCAAGGGACCAUUUGAAAUCAACGUGUGAACCACAUUUGACAGUUGACACCAAUACAGUUAUGAACUGCUGACUUUCUUGGA